AUGGAUCCACAGCGUUGUCAUCAUUGCGGAUAUGUAGGACACAAAAAAUUUGAUUGCACUGAGAGAUGUCGUGUCGGAUGUAAGUGGUGUGAGAGUCCUCCAGCACGUAGACCGCCGGCGAUGUCUAAGAAUAGUUUAGAAUCUCAACAGAGGUCAAGUGGUACAAGUUUACAGAGAAAUCCUAUAACCUUACCAGGCAGCAAUGGUGGUCAAGGCAGUGGCAUGCAGAUAGGACAAAAUAGACCCCAGAUAGGUCCGACUGGUGUGCCACUCGGUCCAGCUAACGUACAGAUAGGUGGCCCAGGGGCCCUUCAGUUGAGUGGACUAAAUGUUCCACCAGCUAGACCUCAAAAUAUCGGGCCUCUUCCACCAUCGCUUGUAAAUCAAGCAUUAAGGCCUUUGGUUCCACAACCUCUAGGUUCUACAUGGCCUCUCAUACAACAGACACAACAUCAGCAGCCACAGCAACAGGUACAACAUCCGUCCCCUCUUUGGUCGCAUCCAAUGCCUUCUCCACAGACAAUGUUGUUUCAACAGCCUCAACCGCUUGCACAGUUCCCACAGUCGCAAAUUCCACUGACGAACUCAGACAACUCGUCAACAACUCAAUCAUUUAUUCCGAAUUGGAAUAAUGUAUCCGUUCAACAACCCCCACACGUUUCGCUUUCCGGAUUUCAGGUGGAUCAACAACACCCAGGAAUUCCGGGAAAGUCGAUUCCCGAAACUGGCAAUGAUUGCAACAAUUUGCCUAGUUCAAAAGUUGAUCAUCAAGUAUCGACUUCGGUACUCAACAAUGAUGCUCAAAACGAACAAACGAAAAUAUUGUCGUCAAAUAAGUCACUGUUUUCUACGCAAUCUCUGAAUGAAAAGGUUCCAACACCUUUCCAGGAGAGGCCGCAAGGGGAUCAACAAAAUAGUAAUCAGGGUAACUCGAUAAGUAAUACUUCGAGUGGUCAACAAAUUAAUGGAGAAUCCCGUGAAAAAGACAAAAAAGAGGUUCAGAAAGAUGAACGAAAGUAUGGUGACACUUCAAUCGAAAUUAUCAAUAAACUAAAGUUGCUAAAAAGUCAAAUAGAAUUGGGGAUUCAUUCGACUGUCAAACCACCGAAUUGGGUUAGCUCUGCAGUUAAACAAUUUCCCUUUAAUACUAUAACACCAAAGAACGAGCAAAACAUUAAUGUAAAUGGCACAAAUGAUUCGAACAAAUUUAUGAAAAAUGGACGUCUUGAUCAUCUUGUUAAGAUCAAAUUGGAAGAAAAUGGAAUAAUAACGUCAAAAAAAAAGAGUCCCUCAUUGGAAGACAGAUCCAUCAUGUCUUCAAACACAAUUUCACCAGAAGGUACUUCUAACAAUCGUUUCUUCAUGGAAAGGAGAAGUCGAUCACCUCACAGGUUGCCAAAGGAGAAGAUAAUACGAGAUCGCAUGAUGCCGUUAACUUCACCCGGCAGUGACUAUAACUCACCUUCAGAAUUUCAUAGGCUAGAGAGGUAUCAACGGAACAAAAGUAGAUCGCAGAGUCCAAGGCGUGAUCAUGUACGAGGCAUUCGUGAGUACACAAGGUCUGCUUCUCCUGGCAAACAUUACUCUCGAGAAUUUGAUGAUCGAUAUUACUCACGAAAUUCGGGACUUGAAUAUCGUGAAAAGUAUUAUUCACGUCCUUCGGGAAUUGAAUUUGGUGAGAAAUAUUGUCAACGCUCAAUGUCUCUUGCACCAUAUGAAGAUUAUUAUUCUAGAUAUAGUGAGAAACACGAAGAACGGGGCAACCCGUUUCGAGCCCAAACCCUGCCUCGAACCCGUUCCCGUUCCCCUACCGUUUACCAUCUGCGAACAAAUUUUGAGGAUCACCCACGCAGGAUGAAUGGAACUAAUGGAUGGUACGGGGAUGAGUCGUUUGACAGGGAUUACCAGGUUCGUCCUGGUGGUUACUAUGACUUGUCUCGUGAAGAGCGUUACGAGCCUCGAGAUCGUUCGUUCAACACUCGACCUGAAGGAGAAAGAGGCUAUGGUGACAGAGAGUUCGCAAGGCCAAUGGAGUACGAAUUUUCAUCACGUCGCCGUCCUAACGAGCGAUGGUGA